UUCGUGAAUUAGGCUCAUACCAAUUAAUCUCCCAAUUCAUCAUACUGCUUUCUUAAUUUCUUACAUAUUUUUCCCCCCUCUCAAUGGAUCUUUUGUAUAUUAUCAUCCCAAUAAUCACAAUUAUUUUAAUUUUUCUAAUCAAUUUUUGCCGUGGCAAAAACCUUCCACCAACUAUAUUCCCAGCCCUUCCGAUAAUCGGUCACCUCUAUCUACUCUUCCUGGAAAGACAACCCCUCCAAAGAACCUUGAACAAACUAUCAACUAAAUACGGUCCGAUCCUUCUCCUUCGUUUCGGGUAUCGCAAUGUCGUCGUAGUCGCCGACCCUUUAAUUACCGAAGAAUGCUUCACCAAGGACAACGACGUCAUUUUCGCUAACCGCCCAAAGUUAACAUUUGCCACAAUUCUUGCAUAUAACUCCACUAACACAGCUUGGGCCCCUUACGGCCCAUAUUGGCUCAACUUACGAGGAAUCGAACGUACCGAGUUUUUUUCCUCUUUACGUUUACAAGACUUUUAUGACGUACGUGCGGAAGAAGGAAAAGCUAUGUUACGUAGUAUUAAUGUGCCCGAAGACACCUCUUCGAAGGAAGUGGACUUAAGCUCGGUAUUCGCUGACUUUAUAACGAAUGUUAUAAUAAUGUGGACAGCCGGGAAAAGGUUUUCGGGUGAAGAUGCGGCGAAAGCGAAAGAGCUUCAAGAGAUCGUUAAAACGACGUUUCAGCUAGGGGCUACGAACUUAGGGGAUUAUUUGCCUUUUUUGAAAUGGCUUGGAUUUACUAAAGAUUUGGAGGACAGGAUGCGGGCAUUAGUCGAUCUAAGAGAUACUUUCUUUCGUAAUCUGCAAGAAGAAUUUAAACAGGGGACAGGGGUUUUAGUUGACAAGAAUAUUACUAUGCUUGGUGUGAUGUUAAAGCUACAAGCAAAGGAUCCUGAAUACUGGCCUGAUGAAAUUAUUUCAGCCGUUUUGUUGAAUCUCAUAUCAUCUUGUAUUGAUGACUGUUCCGCAACUAUGAUAUGGGCCCUUGCGUUACUGCUUAACAACCCAAGUGCUCUCAAGAAAGCACAAGAAGAAAUCGACACCGUUGUGGGCACCGAACGUUUUCUUGAAGAAUCAGACUUAAGCAAUUUGCCUUACCUUGGUUGUGUUGUGAAGGAGACUAUGCGAUUGUACCCUAUAGUCCCAACACUACAACCUCACGAGAGCUCGGAGGAUUGUGUCGUCCAAGGCUAUAACAUCCCAAAAGGGACUGUGCUCAUAGUCAAUCAAUGGGGGAUACAUCAUGAUCCUAACUUGUGGAGUGACCCAGAAAGUUUUAAACCCGAAAGGUUUGAAGGGACAGAGAGCACAACACCCAAACUAAAGUUCAUGCCAUUUAGUUCCGGAUUAAGGAUGUGUGCAGGAUAUGCAUUGGCUGUCCCUGUGGUUGGGUUGGCGAUAGGUUUGGUUAUACAAAGUUUUGAUUGGGAAAGGAUUAGUGAAGACUUGGUUGAUAUGACUGAAAAUGGUGGCCUCGUAUUGAUUAAAGAUCGACCUUUGAUAGCCAAGUGCACACCACGUCCAAUUAUGCAGAACUUGGAUUGAUCAUCAAGUUCGUACGUGACAAAUCUUCUCCAUCGAGCUCGCUCGUGAGUUAUAUGGUUUUAAUAAUUUGAAACCAGAUCGAGCAGCAGAUCUAGUUUGGUUUGGCAUAUGGUACAUCAAAAAUAAGGGGACUAAUUAACUACCUUCAUGUUGCUUUUAUUUAUUUACGUUUUGAAUGUUUAAUGUAAAAUUAUACACAACGGUUUACUUUGUGUAUAUGUAUUUGGAUGUUUAUUCGAUUACAAGAGAGGUUUAAAUAAACACAUUUAUAGAAA